CAAACAUCAGAAAGAUUGGGGAAUUGGUUGAACUUUUUGUGGAAAUUUCAUCCGCUCAUAAGGACUCCGUUUCUUUAAAGGUUGUGGAUCAUUUGUGAUCUUCCAAACUCUUGACGUUUUACGCGAUCGUUUCUGACGGGAUUUGAAACGAAACGGUCUGCGAAACUCAUCAUUCAUCAUAUUUUUUUCUUGUUGUAUCAACUCGUCGGUACGUUUUACCGCCCUCCUGGCGCUUUUUAAGAAAAAAAAAAAGGUGUUGGUUGUAUACUCUCUGACUCGACGGUGCAUGUUUCUCUGUAUUCAUUCCUAGACCGACAGGUCCCGUACAAACAUCGUCGGUUCCGUUAUUUUUAAAAGUCAUUGCUUUUUUCUUCUUGUUUUGUUAUUGUUGCUUUUUUUUGUGUCUUAAAAAUUAUCAAUUUUCCUUUGCGUUAUCGUUGGACGCAAUUUUACAUAUCUCUUUAAAAUUGUCUAAUUUAGAAUUUAUGUCAACAAUUAGUGAUAUACGCACUUUCUUUCUAUAUUGACACUCAUUAGUAUUCUUUUGUCUUUGAGUGUAGAUGCGCCAUACCUGUUAAUUUUUAUUUUUUUUUUUACCGAUUCCCAUUGCUCAUUAUUUGAUCGACUUUUUUAUAGUUGCAAUCGCUCUUGCAGCAACUUCUUUAGAAUAACCUAAAAUUUUUUUUUGAUUACGAUUUCCUUGGUUCAUCCUUCUUCAUGCCUUUGAAACUGUCUCUUCCCCGUGCGUCUAGCCAUUCCCGUGAUUCCCAUUGCCAAAUGGACGUACGGAUGGAGUCUCCUCCUCUUGUCCUCUUGGGCCCUCCGGAAACUUCCACCGGCGCCUUGGCAUCUGGUAUUUUUAAACUCACAAUCCUUCAUCAACCGUUUGUUCAUGUUCACUCAUUAAUACUUCAAUUAAAACAGAAAAUCUCUGUUCAUCAUCCCCCUAUUUCUCAUUGUGUUGAUUGUGGGGGAUCUACGGAAGUGUUACAAGAGUGGAUGUUUAUUACAAAUUCCAAACUUCCCACCGGAACACACCAUUGGCCGUUCAGUUGGCUUUUUCCUGGUACUCUACCUGCUACAUUAUCUACACGGCAUAUUACUGUCGAGUAUUACUUGGAGGCUAUGUUUUGCUACGCUACACCUGAUGGAGGUCUUUCCCCUUAUAAACCCGAAACCAUGAAGUAUCCCUUAGAGCUAAAAAGAGCUUUCGUCCCUGGCCCAGAUACGAUUCACAAACGGAUUUUUCCUCCAACCGAUCUUGUUGCUAACAUCACCAUGUCUAGUAUCCUACACCCUCACACUGUCGCCCUAAUGGAAAUCACUAUGACUGGUUUUGUUCAGAGCGAUGGGAGCGAAUGGGGAGUUACUCGGGUUACUUGGCGCUUGGAGGAACAUUUAAAUUAUACUCCCAAGCCUUGUGACCGUCAUAAAGAAAAUGUCCGCUUUCGUACAGUCCAAGAGAAAAAAAUACUAAGUGCUCAAGACUUGCAAUCUGGAUGGAAAUUAGUUGAUCAUCAGUUUUUUUUAUCUUGCCAAAUUAACGCUGCAGGUUUCCGGGAACCUACUUGUGAUGCAGAACUUUCUGGUCGAUUUAAUCUAAAAAUCUCUCAUUUUUUAAUCAUCGAAGCUAUUGUUAAUCGACGAAAGGGAGCAACGAGUAAUAUGGGAAAUGCUCGUAUCUUACGAGUGUCAAUUCCUCAACCGCUUACAAGCCCUGCUGGUUUGGGCAUUAGCUGGGAUGAAGAAUGUCCUCCGGUAUUUGAGAGUGUAGGACCAGCUCCCCCAGCUUAUUCUUGAAACAAUUAUUACGGUUUUUGUUUCAAUAAUUUUCAAAAAAAGUAUUUAAAUUUUUUGUUUAAUUGUUCGAUUUAAUUUUUUUUACGAUACGGUUGAGUGGGUAUUUUACUAAACUCAUUAAUAAAUAAUACUGUCUCUUUCUGUCUAUUUUCAUGAUAAAAGACUUACUUCAAUUCUAGUAAAUGAAAUAACUAAGCUGUACUAACGUUUAUGUGCAGUUGAAAAUGGGGA